CAAAAGUUUUUUUUUUGUUACCAAAAAGAUGAUUACAUAAUAAUAGUUUCCAAUGAGAAAUAUUAUUUGAAAAACAAACAUUACAUCACAUAAUUUCACGGCACAGCAGCAGUAACAUCGCUCAAAACAAAUGGCGAUGGAAAGUGGAAGCAGCGUCAACAACAACAACCCAGAUGAAUUUGCGGUUGGUUGUUUCCUUUCGAUCAGAACAACGUUAGGUGAUGAAUUUGAAGGUCAAGUUGUUACCUUCGAUCGAGCAACCAACUUCCUCGGACUCCUAGAAGGUUCCAAACAUGGCCCUCUUCGCAACAUUAGGAUUUUGAGUGCUGAUUAUAUCAAAGAUUUCACCUUUUUAGGUCAAGGUCAUGACCCACUUCCAAUUGAUUCUCAUCUUGAUCUUCAUACUCUUCAAUCAAGGGAGCUACUUGCUAUUAGACAAGCAGAGGCAGAAGCUGAGAGGAUUGGGGUUGGUGUUUCUAGUGAGGCACAGAUUAUCUUUGAUGCUUUAUCUAAAACGCUUCCAGUUCACUGGGACAAGACCGUCAUAGUUGUAAUGAAUGAGGUGCGUGUCAGCAGUCCUUAUCACUCUGAAUGUGUGAUUGGCGGUACACCUGCUGCAAAUGACCGAGUGAAGAAAGUGCUUGAGUUCGAGAGAAAGAGACUUCAACUUCGCGGUUAGAAAGAACGUCCAAGGAAGAAACACGAUGGAUAUACUUUAUUCGUUUUAUUUAUUAUUAGAUCGACCUUUCUUUGAUAGUUUUUUAUUUAUUGUUGUGGUAAGUAUACUUUAUUUAGGAUUUAGGAUCUACGGUUGAAUUUGAUUGCAUUUUGGUGAGAAGGGAGUAAAAACAUAGUAGAGGAAUGCUUGGCAUAGGUUAUGGUUUCAAUUUUCAACGGAUGAUUCACCUCCUACAGUGCUUCUGAUUCUAUGUUCGUUCGUUUUGAUGAAAAUUUUGUAUGAGCAAUGACAUGAUCAAUGCAGAAUAAAGACUAUUAGGGCGUGA